ACAUUCACUAUGGAAAGCUGGUUCUAGUUAUUUGAUAUAGUAAUGAGGAUUGAGGACAGAGAAGGAUCUCACCACAACGAAGACGACGAAUAGAUACAGAUAGAAUUGUAGACGUGUACUGAGAGAGAGAGAGAGAAAGAGAGAGAAAGGAAGAUACGUGACGUCUCCGGUUUUAGAGGAUAACUUCGUUAUACGGCCUACAUUUUGAUUCCUUCACUGAUAUACAAAGAGUUGAAGCAAAAGGAAGAACUAGUGGACCAUUCCAAUACAGGGAAAAGCGAAAUUUUACUUAUAUAAAGAACUCACUCCUUUUCCUUUUCCUUUUAACAAUGGCUUUCGAAAUUAUGAGAGGGAGGAGGAGGAGGAGAGACGUUUUACUCAUUUUCUGCCUCACGCUUCUCGGACUGCUCGCAACAGCGGUUUCUGGCGCCAAUGUGACUUACGAUAACCGUGCUUUGAUCAUCAACGGCCGCCGGAGGCUUCUGGUCUCAGGUUCCAUUCAUUAUCCUCGCAGCACUCCUGACAUGUGGCCAGACCUUAUUCAGAAAUCCAAGGACGGUGGCUUGGAUGUAAUCGAGACCUACGUAUUCUGGAAUAUCCAUGAACCAGCUCGUAACCAGUACGAUUUUCAAGGGAGAAAAGACUUGGUGCAAUUUGUGAAAGUUAUUGGUAAAGCUGGCCUUUAUGUUCAUCUUCGCAUAGGUCCUUAUGUUUGUGCUGAAUGGAACUAUGGAGGUUUCCCGCUUUGGUUGCAUUUCAUACCUGAUAUCAAGUUUCGGACUGACAAUGAGCCAUUCAAAGCUGAAAUGCAGAGAUUCACUAAGAAGAUUGUGGACAUGAUGAAGAAAGAAAAACUCUAUGCUUCGCAAGGAGGGCCAAUCAUUUUAUCUCAGAUUGAGAAUGAGUAUGGGAAUGUUGCUUCAAACUAUGGAGCUGCUGGAAAAUCAUAUGUUCAAUGGGCUGCAUCUAUGGCUACAUCUUUAGAUACAGGGGUUCCAUGGGUGAUGUGCCAACAAUCAGAUGCUCCUGAUCCUAUCAUUAAUACUUGCAAUGGAUUUUACUGCGACCAAUUUACUCCCAACUCUGGAAACAAACCAAAAAUGUGGACAGAGAAUUGGACUGGGUGGUUUAGUUCAUUUGGUGGUGCUAUUCCAUAUAGACCUGUGGAAGACAUUGCCUUUUCUGUAGUACGUUUCUAUCAGCGAGGUGGCACCUUGCAGAAUUAUUACAUGUAUCAUGGUGGGACUAACUUUGGAAGAACCACUGGUGGACCAUUUAUCUCCACAAGCUAUGAUUAUGAUGCUCCAAUUGAUGAAUAUGGACUUAUUCGUCAGCCUAAGUGGGGCCACCUAAAAGAUGUCCAUCAAGCUAUAAAACUUUGUGAAGAAGCACUGUUGACCGCUAGUCCAACAGUUACAUCUCUUGGUUCAAAUUUGGAGGCCAGUGUUUAUAAAACAGGGUCAGGGGUGUGUUGUGCUUUUCUCGCCAAUUAUGAUACUCAUACUGAUGCAUUAGUGAGAUUCAAUAACAAUUCAUACCAAUUACCUGCAUGGUCUGUGAGCAUCUUACCUGACUGUAAGAAUGUUGUACUAAAUACUGCAAAGAUUAACUCGGCAGUUAGCAUCCCAAAAUUUGUGGACCGUUGUGUGAAAGAGACACCAAUUUGGAGUUGGUUUUCCGAACCAAUUGGGAUCUCUAGUGACAAUGCAUUCCCUAAAACUGGAUUGUUGGAGCAAAUUAAUACUACAGCAGAUGCAAGUGAUUAUCUGUGGUAUUCAAUGAGCAUUAACAUUACAGGAGAUGAGCCUUUCCUUCACGAUGGUGAUCAAACAACACUUCAAGUAGAGUCUCUUGGACAUGUCCUCCAUGUAUAUGUUAAUGGAAAGCUUGCAGGGAGUGGGAAAGGAAAUAGUGGGAAUUCAAAGGUUUCCAUCCAGAUUCCUAUCAUACUUGUACCUGGACAGAACAAACUUGAUCUCCUGAGUUCAACUGUUGGGCUUGAGAAUUAUGGAGCAUUCUUUGACUUGACGGGUGCUGGGGUAACUGGUCCUGUGAUACUGAAAAGUUCCAGCAAUGGUUCUUCUAUUGAUCUCUCUUCGCAGGAAUGGACAUACCAGGUUGGACUAAAAGGUGAAGCAUUAAAUCUCCCAACUGGUAAUUCAUCAGUUUGGACGUCUGAUUCAUCCUUACCCAAGAACCAGUCCUUGAUUUGGUACAAGAGGAGUAUUGAUGCCCCUACUAGUAGCGACAAUCCAGUAGCGAUAGACUUCACUGGGAUGGGAAAGGGAGAGGCUUGGGUGAAUGGACAAAGCAUUGGGCGUUACUGGCCAACCUUUAUUGCUCCAACAACGGGCUGCAGUGUCUCAUGUAACUACAAGGGUCCCUAUAGUUCGAACAAAUGUCUUAACAAUUGUGGGAAGCCGUCUCAAACAUUGUACCAUAUACCUCGAUCGUGGUUAAAGCCAACGGGAAACACCCUUAUUCUGUUUGAGGAAAUUGCUGGGGACCCGACUCAGAUCUCCUUGAACACAAGAGAGAUGGGAAGUGUUUGUUCACGCGUUUCUGAGACUCAUCCACAACCAGUGAAGAAUUGGAAUGAUGAACUAAAGGGACCAGGACCCAUGAUAUCCUUAGAAUGCCCUUUCCCUAAUCAGAUCAUCUCAUCAAUCAAGUUUGCAAGUUUUGGAACUCCACAGGGAACCUGCGGGAGUUUCAAGCAAAGCCGUUGCCACAGCCAGAAAACUCUUUCCAUCAUACAAAAGGCAUGUGUGGGAUCAAGCAGUUGUAGUGUUGGAGUGUCUGUUGAUACGUUUGGGGAUCCUUGUUCUAAAGUGUCCAAGACUCUCGCAGUUGAAGCUUCAUGCACAUGAGAAAAGUUGAAUCCGUUCAUAUAUCGUGUAAGAGGUGCAAAGCAAAGCAUUGACCUCCUCAGGUAUUUGUAAUGUUGUAUGAACACUAUGAACAUGCUUUUAAUAAUGUUUGAAAUAAAUAGAGUUUCUUAUUGAA